AUGUCGAUAAGCUUAGGUCAUUCAAAACAAAGUUAUUGUUUGGAUGAAAUAAAAAGUGGUGCACUGUCACUUGGAUGUCCAAAUAAUCAAUUAAUAAAAUUGGGACGUGUUAUUUAUGGUUAUUCAUGGUCAAAUGAUUGUUCAUAUAUUGAUAAAGAUUGUACAAUGGAUGUACCGCAUGAAGAUAUUAUUUGUUUGACAACUACAAAUUGUACAGUUCGUGUUGUUGAACAUCCAUUAAUAUUACAAGAUUGUUGGAAUUUAGCUGCAUCAUAUGUUCAAGCUGAAUUUGAAUGUAUUGCAGAAUAUUCGCUUCAAAAUGUCUGUCAACCUCAAGAUACAACUUUAACAUAUGGUUUUCUCUCAACACCAAAUUAUCCACAUGGUUUUUCACCAAAUCUUAAUUGUCCAUGUGCAUUAUUUGCAUCACCAGGUCAUGCUAUCGUACUUGAAGUUAUUGAUUUUCGUUUGCCAACAUGUGCUGAAGCUGGCCUUAUUCUAUGGCUUGGACAAGAUUUUCAAACGAAAUGUCUUACACAAGAUCCACUGACAGUUGUUAGCAAUGUUCAACAAAAUGUUACACUUCGUUUUUAUACAUUAGCUUCUGUUAAACAUGGUGGAUUUUUAAUAAAAUAUUCUGUUUUACCUGUAUCAAAUAAUGCAACCGUACGCUUACAAUGUUAUGUUGCACCAGCUGUGAGUCGGCCACCAGCGUCAACAAAAUUUCCCGCACCAAAUAUAUCACAACAGCCUUCUUUACACGCUUCUAAUAUGAAUAACGAAAUGAAUGUUCCUAUUGAUCAAGAAAGACGAGAAGGCGGAGGCGAACGAGAAGAAGUACCAUCGCCGUCAUUAGUUGUUACUCAUCCCAAUGAUUUAAUAAAACGAUUUCCAUCCGGACAUGAUGUAGCUCCGCCUAUACUUGGUACACUUGAAGAACAUAAAGAUAUUAUGUUGUUAGCUGGCGUUAAACAACAAUCACAGCUGCAAGGUCUUAAUCAAUCAAUUUAUAAACGAUAUUUAUUUCCUAAUUCGUCAUCUUUUCGUCGUUCAAAUAUGACAUUAAUUGUCGUCUGUGUUGUUGCUGCUGUCAUCUUUCUUCUGAUCAUGAUCAAUGCUCUCAUAUGGUUCAUUUUUUCGUUGCGACCAUCCCGUUCCAAAUCGACUACAUCUUGCCAAAAUUUGUAUCCUCAUCCAGCAACAUUAGGUAGUGAAACGAAAACAACAACAUCAAAUUAUCCAACGCCAGUACAUCCUCGUCGUCAUCAUUCACAAUCAUCCUUACGUCUUGAUGAUUCGUCAAUAAUGUCAAAUCAUUUAGUGCGUCGAGAUCGAAUAUUACCUCAAGCAGCAGCAUCAAAUCGUUUAAAAACGCUUCGUUCAUUAUUAUUUCGUGGUCAUAAAACUCUUGGAAUCGAUUCAAUUGCAACAAAUAAUCGAUAUCAUCAUAAUCAUGAUGUUGAUUCCACUUUAUCAGAAUAUCAUAUACGUUCUUUAUCACAAUCAUUAGUUGAGUCACAAUUACCAAAAUCACGUUAUGAAGAACAAGAAGAUUGUGUUGAGCUUAAAUCAGAAUGUUCUUUUUUAACAAAUCACAAUCAUGGUUUAUUGAAUAAAAGAAAGCCAAACCAAGAACCACGACAAAUCAAUUCUUGGGAUGACAUUUGA